CAGCGUUCAAACCGGAUAUGUGGCCGCGUCGCCCCGAAAAGGCCCUUUUCCGUCUCUGAAAAGUGUGGUGCAGAACGGCAGACACAAUGGCUGACUGGGAGACCGCUCCGGCCGUGGCUGAGACCCCUGAGAUCAAGCUGUUUGGGAAAUGGAGCACAGACGAUGUUCAGAUCAAUGACAUCUCUCUCCAGGAUUACAUUGCCGUGAAAGAGAAGUACGCCAAAUACCUGCCCCACUCUGGAGGCCGUUAUGCCGCCAAGCGUUUCAGGAAGGCUCAGUGUCCGAUCGUGGAGCGUCUCACCAACUCCAUGAUGAUGCACGGACGCAACAACGGCAAGAAACUGAUGACCGUCCGUAUUGUCAAACACGCUUUUGAGAUCAUCCACCUGCUCACCGGAGAGAACCCCCUGCAGGUUUUGGUGAAUGCCAUCAUCAACAGUGGACCCCGUGAGGACUCCACUCGUAUCGGACGUGCUGGUACUGUGAGGAGGCAGGCUGUGGAUGUGUCCCCACUCCGCAGGGUCAACCAGGCCAUCUGGCUCUUGUGCACUGGAGCAAGAGAGGCUGCUUUCAGAAACAUCAAGACCAUCGCUGAGUGCCUGGCCGACGAGCUGAUCAAUGCAGCUAAGGGUUCUUCUAACUCCUAUGCUAUCAAGAAGAAAGACGAGUUGGAGAGAGUUGCCAAGUCCAACCGUUAAAAAACUGUUCAAUGCUUUCUACAACAAAAUAAAUUUGAGGAAAAUUGUA